CAAAAAGAAACGAAAUAACACCGCCUAAAUUCGCCAAUUGGCAAAAGAAAUUAUUAAAUUACUUUAUUUUGUACAGUCAUAUAGCCAGAAAAUAAAAUCUGGGGCUUGAAGCAACGAUUUGUUAACCCAUUAUAUAAAUCAAAAAUAUCUUUUGUAAUAUAUUUCUUCACAUCCUUUGAAACGUAAAAGAGCAUCUUUCCAACAAAGCGUGAGAAAAAAUGUCAAACACAAACGAUAAAAUAAUGCUUUGAGGAAAAAUUCCAAUGAAACCGAAACCGUGCACCAAAGGAAACGGCAACCUAGUAAUACUUGCAGAAGCAGUUUAAGAAAAUUGAAGCAAUCAUGGAAACGGUAGUCUUAAGCAGCGAUAUUGCACGCCUAGUAUUGGACUAUCUCAAGUCGCAGAAUCUGAAAAGAGCCAUACAUGCAUUCUGUAAAACAUCCCCCUAUCUCAAACAGGAGUUCUCGGCCUUCAAACAUGGUCUGCAAACACAUUCAUUUUUUCCCGAAUUGGAAGAAAUUAUAUGUGAAUACGUGAAAAUAUUAAGAAAAGUCGAUCAAGAACUUGCCAAACUGAACAAAAAUGUACGCUUCGAAUUUCAACGCUUAAAGUUGUCCGAAAAGGUAUCUGAAUUAUUGGAUCGUGCUAUUUACAAUCUUUGCCAGGAUGAACAAAAUUCGAAUGCCAAGGACGAUUUGCCUAUACAGCAAACAGCAAAUAGUGGCCCUAAUACCAGUAAUAGUAUUAACUCGGACAAGGAAAAUAAUAAUAUAGGCAAGAAACGUAAACGCAUUUGCGAUCAAUCAAACAAUGAGGAGGCUGGAGACAGUAAAACAAAAGAGUCUCCUUCUAGUCGCAUAAGUAAUUAUGCCAAAAAGCGUCGUGUGCUUGAACCCUAUUGCUUUCUCAGCGCCAAGGCUUUGCAAAAGAAUAGACGUCGCAAAUUUUUUUUACGUUUAUCGCCUUGCACAGCACCCAGGGACUUUGAUACAAAAACUGGAAAUGUUGAGGAUGACGAUGGUGAUGAAUGGUCCAGCUCCGGUCUGGAGGAUGUUACAGUGGAAUCUGAUGGCGACGAUGAUGAAGUCGGGGAUGAAUACGUGAAUGAAAAUGAGAACGAAUUGUUCAAUGGCGAUAAACCACGAAAAGAAUCAACGCCUCGAAGUAAAUCGCAGGAUAUUGACAAGCUGAGGGCUCCCAUACUACCGGAAAUCUCUCAAGCUAUUUUGGAAAAUCCAGAGUUUCAGCUGAAGUUGGUUGAAAACAUUAAUCAGGCGCUGAACAAUUCAUCUACGAAAAAUGAUGCCGGUAAGACCACGAAUUGUAAUGUUGGAUCACAGGAUCCGCUGUCUCAGCCAAAUGAGUUGUCCAACAGCAAUGACAACGCCGUGUUUAGUUCAAAUCAAUUACUUGACCAAAUGGUUAAAAGUAUUUUGGAAGCAACUGAAAAGGAUCCUAGCUUUGAUGCUGUCAUACAUGAUGUAGUUGAGGCAUCUAACAAGCCCAGUGUCCACUCGGCUGGCGUACAAUGUGAUCUGGGUUUCUUAGGGGAAGUUGAUGUUAAACGCCCCCUGUAUACGUCAACUGAACCACCACCUUUAGUGCCCACACGCCCUCAGCCACCAAUAGUUCAACAACGGGUGCAGCCACAACCCAAUGACGCUGCGAAUAACAUACAACAAAUUGAAGUUCCUCCUCGAACACCCUUGAUAAUCAGGAAUGCAGUAGCUGCAGCAAAUGCCUCAAUCAAUUCCGCACAAGAUCCCCCUAGUCUAACAGCGAACAAUUCGUUUGGAUCGUUGAUCGAUCCUAAUUUUUCAAUAUCAAAAUUAAUUGUUUUGAAUUCGAAUGAUAGUGCUCAAAAACAACAUCCAGAACCUUCGAUCGGCAAUAUAACAGCUGAUAAUCUAAUUAGUCAGUUGUCUACAAGUGGCGUUGUAAAUGACGGAGGGGACGAGCAGGUUUACUUCGACGCUUCGACUGGACAGUUGACAUUACCGUUAUAUCUGACAAACGACGGCCUUUUGGCCAAUUUCCCCUUUCUCAUCAAUAACGAAAUUGUGACCCAGCAGUUGCAGCCAAGUAAUAUAGCCAAUAUGGAUGCAUCGCGCAUAGAGAUUCCUUUGCCAGAACCCAUUGUAGUUACGGCUGAUCAAUUGCCACCAAAUUCCAUAAUAUUUGGUAGUAGUCAGAAACUUAAUCAAGCUGAUAAUAGUCAAGCAAAUCAGCAGACUGCAGAGAAAGUGGUGUUAGUCUGUGAUCAAAAGCAAACCCUAACAUGUAAUACCGGUCCCCCGGGAUCCUUGGAUACAAGAUUAAUGACUGAUAAAGCGACUCCUUCUGCAAGUGGCAUUGUAAAUACGAAAGCGUACCGUAGCCUUUCAACUCCAAGGAAAAGAGCAUCUCAUGUUAGAACGCUAACAUUUUCUCCCAGGGGACCGCAUUUUCCUGCCACUUUAGGCUCCGGCGUGACACCUGUAUCUACUAGAAGAGAAACGCUUGCGCGAACAGUGCAGAGAACGUUGCCUAAGUCAAUACCCGAUGAAGGAGUAAGCCUCGAAAUACUUAGCACCUCAGAAAAACCCAUUAUAAAAAAUAUUGAAAUUCUGCCAGCCAUAGCGUCAAAUGAUACGUCCUCUAAAGAUGCUAUGUUCUUAUCAGCUAAUGAAAGUGCCACCAAUGUUCCGCCCCUGUUUGUGACCGAGGAGAGUAGCAACCAAACCGUAAUAAAUAAACACGCGUCAACAGCAAAAGAUUUGCAAAUAAAAACGGAAGCAGUUUUUGGCGACGAAUCGGCGACGACAGUGCUCACCGCUCCAGAGAAUACACCAAAACGCAAACAAACAAGGAAAAAUGCCGUUCGAGCCUGCAAAAGACUCUUAUCAAAAUCUCAAGUUGAUGAAGAAGAAUCGGCUGAAAAAGCAGAGAAAGAAAAUGAAAUCAACACUCCACCACCUGACAGUGAAGAGUAUCAGCGAUUUAUGUUGGAGGAGUGGAACAAGGCUAGGAAUUCUUCUACCACCGAUCUGGAUGUACGCCUUCGAGAGCUUAAUUCCAAGAUGACCGUAUUAAAGCCUGUGAAAAAGGUAAAUACUAAAAAACGGGUGCGACGCAAGAAGCCAGCCGCAACCAAGCGAAAAGAAAAAGAAAUGGCUGAAGAAGCCGAGGAACUUGAAAUUUCAAGGGAGUUAUUAAAUGAAUCACAAGAAGCAAAUCUACCUGAGACGGAGGAGUUUAUUCCGCAAAAAUUAAAAGCGCCUCAAAAUACAAGUGAAGGUGAAAUAUCGCAGAUGACAGACGAAAAAAUAGAGAAAGAGAAUAAUGCCGCUACCGAUAACGCAGCAGUAAUGCUACCGGUUAAAAAGGGAAAGAAAAUGAAAGAAAUUGCCAUCAAACUUCCAACGCCUCAAAAAUCUUCGGUUGUUGCGAAGGAGAAAAAUUUGAAAUCAAAAGAGACAAAGAAAGAAAAAGCAAAAAGGACCAGAGGGGUUUCCGAAGUAUCACAAAAUUUGCAGCAAACGGCAAUAGCGGAGGCAGUAUUAAACGUAAAACAAGAAGAUGUAGAAGAAAAGUCCGCACCACUUUUUUCGACACCUAUGGGCCACGCCCCACAUCAACAGCACCAGUACCAAAACACAACUCUUUCCCUACCGCAUGUAAAUGAAGCUUUGGAAAGGGAAAAACGAACUAGCAACAUUGCCUUUUUAUUAGAGACCCCCUACAAAGACCCAAAUCUAUCAAAUAUGUCCUCUGUCGGUAUUCCGCCUACCCCUGGUAUAUUCGCACCUUCACUUGAAACGCCAGCUGGUAAAAACAAAAAUCCACAGGAGGAAAUGGUCGCUUCAACUUCAUUUCUUUUCGGAUCGUUGACAAAAAGUGAACUCGAUACACCUUUGAUGAGUGUUUUGACGCCAGGUUUUCGCUUUACACCCUUUGGUAUGAAGGAAACAGCAACACCACGUAGUGCUACGGGCACGGAUUACUCCUCGGGUGGUUCUUAUUAUAAACCGGACGAAAGUGAAGACCUAGAUCGUAAUAUCGAUAAAAUUUUGAAAGAUUCGGCGCAAAAGAAAUUCCAACAAGAACAAAAUGAGGAGACCGACAGGGCCGAGGACGAUGAAGAGGAGCGAGAAGAGGGUGAAAUCAGAUCCCCAAUUGCACAUGAGAGUGAUGAAGUGAUACAUAACCAAGUUGAUGCGAUUGAGGUUGAAAUAGCAGUGGAGAAACUAAAGGUGGAGCCUAUAGUCUUGAAAAGGGUGAAAUCAUUUGGGAGUGAAGCAGUGGAUAGCAUAGAAACAGCCAAAAUUGAUCCACAUUAUACGCUUGCUUCUGGGCUACCGGAAAUAAGUGCUGCAGAAGAAUCUUCAUCGUCAUCCUCCUCUUCUUCGUCUUCGGGAUCUUCAUCGUCUUCAUCAAAUUCCUCUUCCUCAUCUUCCGCUUCGAAAUCAACUGGCAAAUCGAAAACAGUUGUCGAAAUAACAAUCCCUAAGAAGUUAAGUGAUCUUGACAAUCUAUCCGAAAUAUCUAGCACGGAAGAUGAGGAAUGGAAAAAAUGUAUCACUUCUAAUAACAAUGAAAACUCGCAGUUGGUUAACAUCGAUGGAGAAGUACGCUAUCCAGUAAGAAGUUGGUUGACACCAGUCAAAGAAACCCUAAUAGAAGCUACAUCAGCAGCUACGCAAAUGGCAAUAACGGCCACAACGACCCAAUCAACUAUCAAAGUUACCUUACCCGUCAAAUCAGCAGAGAAGAGAAAUCGUCAAGUUAAAGAAUUGGAAUUGAAAAGAGAGCGUAUGAAAGAGAAGCUCAAGCGGGAUGCUACGUCCGUAAUGAGUCAUGAAAAGUCAACAUCAUCUGCGAGUACAGCACCAAAUAUAUCGGCAGCUCUGGCUGCAUCGCGAAUAAUGCAUGCCAUGCGGGACAAAGGUAAGAAACCAGCUUGUUUUGAAGUACCUCAAUCUGCGGCGACAACAAACACCAACAUUGACGAAAAACGUUCUAUAGACGUUCUGACUGCUCUCCGCCUUUCUGCCAAGAAACAACUUCCUACAACUCCAGAGGAUGAAAAAGGCAAAUCGAAAUCAAAGCUUGAAUCCCCAAUGAAAAAGGAGGACAAUGGAGCAGAGCCUGUAGUGCAUAAGACACCAGAAAAUAAAGAAACUCCCAUACAAAAUUUGUCAUCUGCUACUCGCAAAACUCCGCAGCGAAAAUGUCUGCCAAUAGAAGCCCGUCCGGUGACAAAAACCAUAAGAAAAAGCAAUAAGAAAAUUGUUCGAACUCCCUUGGCUUUCAAAACUAUACAUUCGCCUGGUAAAAUCAAUUCUCACAGCACCACGACUACUUUAGCAGAAUUAGCGAACAAAUCUAAAGAUUGUCCGACGUCCCCCACUGUCCCUGCGGUAAUGGUUUCUCCUAGGCUCGUAAGAUCAAAGAAAACCAAAGUGAAAAAACCCCAAGAGGCUCCAACAGAUAAGAUAAAAGUUAGUCCUAAGUCAAUCAAACCCAAAUCCGGCGCUAAAGUUAAAGUUACAAGAGCUACAUCAAAAAAGAAGCCAGUUUCAAAAAAGCCUGAAAAAGAAAAGAUCACAUUGCUGGAUCAAAGAACCGAAGGAGAAUUAAUCGAAAGAAUAGAAGAACAGAUUUCAGAAACUUCACCGCAAGCAUCAAGUAUAAAACCUAAGAUACAUAUAAAGGCUGCUAAUUCAAUGGUUCCAAUUAACAAUGGCAAAGCCAACAAAAGUUCCGAAAAUGGUACUGAAAAAGCGAUGGAAGAGCUCAAAGCAAAUCACCUUAAGUCUGAGAAACGCGAAAGCAGUAUUCCAAUUGAAACCGGCAACAAUCAACAAUCAAAACAACAGGAAAAUGGAGGAGGAGAUACAUCAGACGCAUCAGAGAAUGAUCCCAUUGAUGACUGUGCUAUUGUAACCUUUGAUGAAACCGAUGCUAAACGUUUUGUUCAAUUCAGCUAUCAAGGCCCAGAUGAACCACCUGCUCCGAUUGAAAGAAAUCAUGAUUUGGGCAAAUUCCAAAUGGUUGUCACCUUAGAAGAUGAAAGCCACAUUUUGCGUUUUUCUAAAGGUAUUUGUCUGUUUUCAUGUCCCCCGGCAGCGCCGGCUGUUGCAGCCAAAUCAGCAUCACAUGUAGUACGAAAUAUUCCGAAAAAACGGAAAAUACGUAUUACGUCCACGUCGGAUGAUAAGUCGGUUACUCCUGCCCCGAAUACUAAAAUCGCUGCAGCUUCGUUGAAAGCGUUUACAACGGCCGCGGCACCAGCCGCUACUUCGACGCCGUUGCAACCAGUUACCGUUGCGUCGCGAACGGAAAAGGCAGCAGCAAAAGAAGGAUCUAAACCUAAAACAUCGAAUGGUGUAAAAACCCCUGCCGAAGUACCACACAAAACUACUGAAGAAGUUAACAAUGUGAAUGAGAAACUACAAAUAGAGGAUAUCGAGUCUAUAUUGUCGCAUUUACAUGGCACUUAAACCUUGAGAAAAACUGUCAACAGCCAGUAAAGAUCAAUUGAAGUGCAAUGUUCGCUCAAAUCAUCCUUGUAUAUGGUAUUUUGUUAUCAUAAUAAGAACUAACCAACUACUCAUUGUAUUAACAAUACUAUAAAUAAGCUGUAACUACUAUAUUUAACUGAAGAGAAAUACAUAAGGCAUAUGUACAUUUAACUAUGAAAUUAUACGCUAAUGAAAUUGUUGUGAUUCUCUGUUAAGAGAGCAAGGAACUAUCGUUUUACUACGUUUUAUUCAAAUAGCAGAAGAUGCCAAUUCAGGGAUUUACGUUUGAAUAUUUAAAAGAAACUCCCUGUAGUAUCACCACCAUUCCAGAGAAAUGAGUAAAGAUAAAUUUACUACCCUAAUUCCUUAUUAACUCAUUUGUUAAGUUUUUGAAGUAAAGGUUGAAAAUUGUUGCCGUAAAACUUAUAUUCAUAUAUUUUCAAAUUGAUAUUGAAACUCGUUUUUUGUUGCCAACCAACAAAUGGAAAUCAGUUUUGUCGUUAUAUUUCAUAAAUUAUCUUCUGUACAAGUUA